AGGGCAAACAAAUGACUGAGGCUACAGUCAGAUCGAAAGCAGAUCAAUCAUUAACGGCAGGAAGGACCUUCUUCUGCUGCUUAUCAGCUUCCUUCCCUUCACAGUUCACCUCGCCAAGCUCCCGGAGAGACUCAGCAAUGGCGCUUGAAAUCCACAAUGUCGGAAUGAAGGUCGGAGACACUCUGAAGAUUAAAGGGAAGAUUUCAGAUGAUGCCAACAGAUUCUCGUUGAACCUUGGGAACAAUUCGGAAAACAUUGCUCUGCACUUCAACCCCCGCUUUGAUGAUGUUGCUGAUGGGGCUGUGAUCGUUUGUAACUCGAAGUGUGACAGCUGCUGGGAUUCUGAGCAGAGGGAAUCAAUCUUCCCUUUUGCCAGGGGGGAAAAGUUCAAACUACACAUCACUUUAAAGGAAGACACCUUCGAGGUUACACUCCCCAAUGAUUCCACCAUUGAGUUCCCCAACCGGCUGUCCCUGGAUACGAUCAACUUCCUGUCUGUGGAUGGAGAUGUCAAGUUGGUUUCCUUCGGUUGCAAAUAAGAUGUCCGAGUGGAAAAUUAUAAUGAACGGAAGCUGGAGAAAAUGAUUCAUUAACUCUCCAACAGCGAAUGAUUCAAGCAAACUUACAGUCAUAUGGAAAAUUCAAAGCAGAUGAUACAAUAGUUUAAUUACAUUUGAGAUUCUGAUUUCAAAUAAAGUCCAGAUUUCUAGAAUAUGCAUGUUAAGUAUGAUAAAAUUAAUGUGUUCACUUUUAAUUUCUUUCUUAGACUGGAAGACAAUUCAAACAUUCAAAUUGUUAUCAUUCCUUGUAUGUAUCAGAUGGUCCACACAAUACAUCCCCAGCAGCACUGUAGUUGGAGAGGCAUGGUAGUGUAGUCGUUAGUGCAAUCACGUCUCAGCGGCAGCUGGAAGCUCGGGGUUCGACUCCCACCGCUAUCUGUACAUUUUACUGUGAUUGCCUGUGUUUUCUCCAGGAGUUCCAGUUUCCUCCCACAUUCGAAAAAGAUACAUAGGUGAGGGUUAGUGAGUCGUGGGUAUGCUAAGUUGGCGCUGGAAGUGUGGGGACUCUUGCAGACUGCUCCCAGCACAGUCUUUGUUGAUUUGAUUUGAUGCAAACAAUACAGUUCAGUGUUUGUUUUGAAGGAUAUGUGACAAAUAAAGCUAAUCAUUAUAUCUUUA